AUGGGUGCAGAGAUACCAGCCAGGUGGUACAGCCAGACUGCCGAGAGGGACACCAUCUUCGCCUUGUCUUCCGGCCGAGGGAAAUGUGGCGUGGCCGUGAUCCGAACCAGUGGCCCGUCCAGUGGCCUGGCCUUGCUCCGCAUGACGGGGGCAAAGAAGCUGCCGCUCUCGCGAUCGGCCGCCUUGCGCUGGAUCCGCGACCCGGAGUCUUCGGAAAGGCUGGACCGGGGCCUCGUUCUGUGGUUCCCAGGGCCUCGCAGUUUCACAGGGGAAGAUGUUGCUGAAUUCCACGUCCAUGGUGGGCCAGCGGUAGUGAGCGGAGUCUUGACAGCUUUGGGUUCCCUCCCUCACCUCCGCCUGGCAGAGCCUGGAGAGUUCACCAAACGGGCCUUCCAGAACGGGAAGCUCGACCUGACGGAGGCUGAGGGUCUGGGGGACUUGAUCCAUGCCGAGACAGAAGGCCAGCGCCGGCAGGCCUUGCGCCAGAUGGAUGGUGACCUGGGGCGGCUCUAUCGGCACUGGAGUGAGACUCUGACCAAGGCCCUUGCCCACGUUGAAGCCUACAUUGACUUUAGCGAAGAUGACAACAUUGAGGAAGGGGUUCUUUCCCAAGUUGAAGCCAUGGUGGAGACGUUGGAGAAGGAGCUGAGGGCGCACUUGCAGGAUGGCCGGCGCGGGGAGAGGCUGAGGGACGGAGUCCGUGUCGUGAUCGCCGGGCCGACCAAUGCGGGGAAGAGCAGCCUUUUGAACCACCUCUGCCAGAAGCCAGCAGCCAUCGUCUCCCCCGUGGCAGGGACCACUCGGGACGUGGUGGAGGCGGCACUGAAUUUUGGAGGGUUCCCGGUGGUUCUGAACGACACAGCAGGGCUGCGAGACGCACACGACGGUGAGAAGGAGGGCGUGAGACGAGCUCGUGAGAGGGUUCAGAGUGCCGACCUGCUCCUGGUGGUGCUGGACGCGGCCGAGAUGGCCCCACAGCCUGGCCGACUGGCGAACACCCUGCAGGGCAUCUUGCCACCUCCCCAGCCGGACGGGGCGCAGCCAAGUCUGCUGGUGCUGAACAAGUCCGACCUGCUCGGAGGGCAGGACCAAGCCGAGCUCCUGGGGGCCUGCAGCCGGCUGGGCCUCUCUCCCGUUUCCCUGCUGUCCUGCAAGACAGGAGAAGGACUUCCGGGUUUCCUCAACACCUUCAAGGAGCAGCUGAGCCGCAUGUGAGGAAGGGGCAAAAAAUGGG